CCUGGUCUACUGCAGCUCGCUAGAUUACCUUGGAGUCCACUUCCAAUUCCAGCAGAUUCUAAUUUUAUUCCAAGUCUUCUUCCAUCUGUGUGUCCACAGACUCUGUCAGACUGGUCCAUGGUUCCAGUCUGUGUUCAGGCAGACUAGAGGUCCAGUCUAAUCAGUCCUGGUCCUCAGUGUGUGAAGGACACUUUGACCUUCCUGAUGCCCAGGUGGUCUGUUCAGAGCUGGGCUGUGGAGCUCCUUUGCUCCUCCAGGGGACGGUCUAUGGAAAAGCUGUGGCUCCUCUGUGGAAGAUGUUCCAGUGUAAAGGCCAUGAGUCUGCUCUCCUGGACUGUGGAAUCUCUGUGUUGGAAAACUGCUCAUCUGGAAAAGCUCUGGAACUCGCCUGCAGAGAUCCUGGUGAUGCCAGACUGGUGGGAGGAGCCAGUCGCUGUAAUGGUACAGUACAGGUGAAGCAAUUUAAAGUCUGGAGAGACAUGGCAUAUGUACCUUAUGAUUUUCGUCAUAACCCCUGGACCCUGAAGGCAGCAGAUGUAAUAUGUAACCAACUGGACUGUGGCUCUGCUGUUUCUGUGAGACAGAAACAUGCUUCAUCCUAUCCUUUGUGGGAGAUCAGCCCCUCCUGUGUUGAGAUGACAUCUACACUGAGGGACUGUGCUACAUCAAUGUCUGUUUUCUCUGAAUCUUUCACCAUGUUCCUCACUUGUUCAGACUCUGUGAGACUGGUGAAUGGUUCCAGUCUGUGUUCAGGCAGACUGGAGGUCCAGUCUAAGCAGUCCUGGUCCUCAGUAUGUGAAGAGGAUUUCAACCAUAAUGAUGCAGAGGUGGUCUGUAGGGAGCUGGGCUGUGGGGCUCCUUCACUCCUCCAGGGGGUGCUCUAUGGAGUGGGGGAGGCUCCAGUCUGGACCAGCAAGCUCCAGUGUGAAGGCAAUGAGUCUGCUGUCCUGGAUUGUAGAAGGUCCAACUCAUCUGGGAAGACAUGCUCAACUGGAAAAGCUACUGGACUCGCCUGUACAGACCCAGGUAGUGUCAGGUUCGUGGGACAGCCGAGCCACUGUGCUGGUACUUUGGAGAUCCAACACCAGGGACAGUGGAGACCAGUAAUAGACCCCUAUCAACACUGGGACCUGAAGUCUGGAUCUUCUGUGUGUCAACAUCUGGACUGUGGAUCUGCUGUUUCAGUGAAGAGAAGAAAAGAUUCUUCAAACAGACUUUCGUGGUUUGUCUCAUCUUCCUGUGUAAAACUGACAUCUGGACUGAGGGACUGUGUAGGACUAGAUGAUUCCUAUAAUGAAUCAUCUAGAGUGGACGUGGUCUGUUCAGAUCUGCUGCCUCAGCCAAACAUCUCCCUGUCUGAUGGGUUCUUUGAGGUCUACAAGCAGGGGUUUCGGCUGCUGAUGGGGUAUGACUUCACCAUCAGAUGCUCUAUCCAACCCCAGUACCCAGGAGGCUCCUUCCAGCUGAUGUCUAACUCCAAGAAGGCGCAGAACCGCACCCUGCCAGCUGUCAAUCACUCAGCCCACUUCCUGUUGUCUGCCAUGGGUUACGCCCAUCAAGGGGACUACAUAUGUGUUUAUCACCUGGAAGUUUUCAACCACAGCUUCUCCUCAUCUCAGAGCCCAGCCCUCUAUCUCACUGUUGGAGUCUCUGUGUCACAUCUGAUCAUCAGGGUGAUGGUCUUCAUCCCUGCUCUGCUCAUAUUUGAUAUUUCACUCUUCUACUACUAUAAGGUCACCGUGAGGCGGAUCAGAAUGAAGGCUGAUCACUGAGAUGACAGACUGUCACAACCACAAUGACAAUUCAAGAAAAAACAUCACAUUUAUGGAGUCACAGAUUUUAAGACAGAAAGCAGCAGUUUGAGUCCAGCCGAUAUUUGUAUUUAAUAAACAGAGUUUUCAGCUGAACCAACAAACGGCUUCAUUACAUUCUGAUACAUGAUCUAUCAAUGUUUCAGCUUAUUGAAAGAGAUUUUCUACACAUGUAAAUACAACUUUAUUCUCAUGAUAUUCUGACUUCUUUUUGAAAAUACUUCUUAAGAAGAGUACUUUAUUCUAUGUACUAUGCUUUUAUUAAUACAGUACAGCAAUAUUUUUCCUGAAACAUGACUUUUUUUGUGUAAACAUUAGACAUGUAUUCCCUAGUCAUGAUCCUAAAGCUCCAUCUGUCAUUCACUGAAGAGCUGAAUUGUGGGAAAACCUGAAAGAUAUCCAAAGCCACAUCCAGAUGAGGUUCCCAUCCCAUCAUGUCCAAAAUGAAGAUGAGUUUCUUGUGCUUUGAGUCUACCAGAGUCGUCUUUCAUUGUACAGUCUUAAUGUUCAUUGUGUUUUUGUGCAGUC